GAACGAGUUGAGAGUUUUGAUUUUCUACUCAAUUCUUGUAUAGGUAUAAAACGAACAACUUUGAGUAGAGAAUGGAUAUGCACUGUACGGCCCGACCCAAUCCGUUGUCAUCCAAUUGUUCAUAGUUGCUCAUUUAAUGAUAAGAAACGCUGUGACCACUGAUCAGUGAAUGUGAAUCGGUGCAUUUGAUUUUUUAUUUUUGUAAUCAUGUUGUAUUUAUACUGCUUCUGGGCCACUAACCCAAUGGACCUGGGCCUAACAGCGGUAAGAAAACCCGGCCUAACCGCUCUGGUCUAUUGAAGCUUUCAUCUACUACUAGGUAUGCCCUUUUUCUCCCUUCCCAAAUUUCGGCAGAGGUUUUGGUAGGGUUUUGAUAAGCGCCAUUAGCAUUCGCCCCUCUUCGCAUCUUUGCUCGUUCUGGUAAAUUCCUAUCUACGCCUUACCCAUUUGAUUCGUUCCUAAAUCCAUUGUUGGUUGAUUCGAAGGAAUCUCGAGUAGCUUGAUUUCACGAUUCUGACUUCUGUUGUUAAAAAAGUUCAGCUUUCCCCAGCUAAAUCAAUGGCGAAGAAACGGAAGCAUAGUGAAACAGCCGUGGCAGCACCUCAAAAGAAAGAGGAAGUUGCUCCCGAGCGACCCAAAAGAACCCUUCUUGGUUGGAAAGACAAAGAGGCUGCUGCGGUUGCUGCUCCUGCCGAAGACAAAGACGAUGAAGUUCAUCAGCCUACGAAUUUUAGGAAUAAAGAAAAGGUCUUGGUCACUUGCUCCCGUCGAAUCGCUUACAGGUACCGGCACCUGAUGUUGAACGUGGUUUCCCUGCUUCCCCAUUGUAAGAAAGAUAAUAAGGUUGAAUCCCAAAGCAGCAAAGGAGUUGCACUCAGUGAGAUGGUUGAGCUGAAGAGCUGCUCUUCCUGUUUGUUCUUUGAGUGCAGGAAGCACAAAGAUUUGUAUCUUUGGAUGGCAAAGUGCCCUAGUGGACCAUCUGUGAAAUUCCUAGUUAAUGCAGUGCACACUAUGGAAGAGCUGAAGCUUACUGGGAAUCAUCUAAAAGGAUCACGGCCACUUUUAACUUUCUCAGCCAAUUUUGACAAAGAUGCCCACUGGAAGCUUUUGAAGGAAAUGAUAACUCAGAUAUUUGGAGUCCCAAAAGAGCACAGGAAAUCUAAGCCUUAUCAUGAUCAUGUCUUUGUCUUCUCCAUUGUGGAUGACCAUAUAUGGUUCCGUAAUUACCAGAUAUCAGUUCCUCACAAUGAAUCCGAUAAAAUGGCUCGUGGAGGCCUGGACAAGAUGACCCUUGUUGAGGUUGGUCCGAGAUUCUGUUUGAACCCUAUCAAGAUCUUUGGUGGCAGUUUCGGGGGCCCAACCCUUUACGAGAAUCCAUUCUACAUAUCGCCCAACCAGAUACGGGCACUAGAGAAGCGGAAGACUGCUGGGAAAUACGCCAAGAAGGUGAAAGCCAAGACCAGAAGGAAGGUGCAUGAGUUGUCAAAUCAGCUGGAGGCAGGCGAGUUUUCUGAGAUGUGGAAGGACCAGUAAGUACUUGGUCUUUGAUGAGAGCUUUUUUGACGGCAUCUGUAUUUAUAUCACCACAACUUGUGUAUUCAGCUUGACAUGGCUUAUGAGUGAGUUAUCAGCUCAAACUAUAUUCAGCUAUAUUUAUCUCUUAAGCAACUUGGAGUCCACUUGCUAUUCCUGCACCACUCGUUAUUCCCUUCCACUGAAACUUAGGAAGAUUCAGGUGCUCGGUGAGUGAUGGCUUGAUGUUAGAAGUCUUGUUAGGGCAAUCAGAUUAGUCUCAAUCGAACAUUACAUCCUAACAUUGUACAAGUAAAUCUAUGUAACAUGAUUCGCUUGCCAUCUGUCUCGAUCAACUGAGCUGUCAUGGUUGAAGGUCCAGAGUUUGGAGUGGAAUAAUGUCCAUCAACUUGCUUUGAUUGGUUAAAGAUCAGAUUAGCAACGUAUGCACCAUAUUGGAGGGCAAGAAGUGCUUCGGCUAAAAUGGAGGUUCUUAGGAGUCGCGCUUUGUCUCGACAACAUGCUAGCGCAAUCAUACUAAAGUGUAUAUGAAUCU